AUGGAAGUUGCUCAGGAUACGGCGUCCCAAGGCAAUAUUUCCGAGAAUCGACAUGCGGCCAUCUUUGGCGUGGGAAUCGGCUUCAUCGUGUUCGACUCGAUUAUCAUCGCGUUGCGCAUCUACGCACGCGCUUUUAUGCUGAAAGCGCUGGGGGCGGAUGACAUAAGGGCUUUUCAAUCAUACGGCGAACAACAUCUAAUCACUGGCAUUCGAUCAGAUACUCACUAUCGGAUUGUCAACAAGUAUCAUGGUUGGAUCCAACUACGGACUCGGAAAGCACGAGCUUGCGAUACUGCAAAGUGA